AUGACGAUCUUGCGAGCAUUAUCAACAGCUAUUGGCAGGAUCAGUACCUUCAGGUCCUAUCAGAUCGUGUUGCUCCUCGCAGCAGCCUUGGCUGUUGUUGCAUUUUAUUAUUUUGGCUCAGAAAACCAGAACUUCUCCAGCACCACAAAGCGCAUCAAACAGGCUAGUCACAACGCCAACCGUAAUGACGCAGACCUGUCUUUGGACACGAGAUCAUUCCAUCAGGAGGAAAAAACAGGCGCUGAGCUGGAUGAACUGAAAAAGACAAAUGACAAGGAAUCGGGAAGUAAGCAGUACCACGCUCUAAUGAUGUUCACCAAGAUUGACAGAAGUAGAAGUCUGCAGAACAAGUUCCAGGUGGCCAUGCGCUCCAUGGUCAAACACGGUCGCUUCCAAGAGGACGAGAUAUUGGUUCUGCACUUCGUGAGCGACCAGCCCAGUCAGGAGCUGGGUGAGCAGAUGUUACCUGAACUGCUUCUAGACGUAAGCUUUCAGUAUGAGGUGGUGUUUCAUGAUGUAGCUGUCCUGACGGAGAAGCUGUUCCCCAUCGUGGAGGCCAUGCAGAAACACUUCAGCGCUGGCUCAGGGGCCUACUACAGCGACGCCAUCUUCUUCUUGUCUGUGGCCAUGCAUCGAAUCAUGCCCGCGGAGAUGAAACACGUUGUGCAGUUAGACCUGGACCUGAAGUACAGGACCAACAUCAGAGACCUCUUCCAGGAGUUUAACCGCUUCUCUGCCAAAGCGGUUAUUGGCAUCGCCUAUGAGAUGCAACCAGUUUACAGGCAUACAUUCUGGCAGUACCGUAAAGAGAAUCCCAAGUCCCCCGUGGGCGACCCACCUCCGGAGGGCCGGCCGGGCUUUAACAGCGGAGUGAUGUUGUUGGAUCUUGAGGCGAUGCAGCGUUCCACCCUCUACAACCAGCUCCUCGAGCCCGAUCAGGUGGCUCGUCUUGCCGAAAAGUACCACUUCCGGGGUCACCUUGGCGACCAGGACUUCUUCACCAUGAUCGGCAUGGAACACCCAGAACUGUUUCAUAUCCUGGGCUGUGGCUGGAACCGGCAGCUCUGUACCUGGUGGAGAGAACACGGCUACGGCGACGUGUUCCAGCUAUACUAUCGCUGUGAUGGGCCUGUGUAUAUUUACCAUGGCAACUGUAACACUCCCAUUCCCAAUGACUGA